CACACAGCUAUCAAAAAUCUACCCCAAUCGUUCGAACUCAUGCCGGAGAACGGAGCCGCAGACAGUGCCCAGCGAGGCAUCAACCGCCGUAGGUACUAUUUUCCUUACGAGCUCUUCUCUAGUUCCAACUCUCCAAACCUCACCCCAAGCGUGUCUACUUCUGGUUCCGAGAACAAUCCCACGGAUAACGAGAGCACUGUAGUCAACCCCUUCAGUCGCCAUGAUGAGUUCUCCCGCAAAUCCAUCCUCGCGUACAAGAUCACUACCGCUGUGACUUGGCUCAUCAUCGUCGUCACGUCCUUCUACUACACCUUCAAUGCUCCGCAUGAGGGGAAGUAUGAACGGAGAACGAUCUGGGGUCAGAAUCAUGCGCAUCCGAGUCCUUUUGCUAUGAAUGCCAUUAUUGUCAGCGUCUAUUGGCUCAUACUCUUCAUCCUGCAACUCGCCUACUCCUGGCACCUCUACUCCUCCAACAAUGUCUACAUAGCCGCCGCCGCUAAUGUAGGCUCACACUUCAUCGUCAACAACCUCCUCCUCUUUGGUUUCAUCCACCUCUGGGUACGCUCGUACUUCUGGCUCGCCGAACUCCUUCUCAUCAUCAAUUUCUUCAACCUCUCAUUUGCCUAUUUCCGCCACAGUGCUACGCCUCGCAUCAUUCACAUCUCAACUGUGAGUGGCCCGCUGGCAUGGAACUUCGUCGCGCUCUACUGGUGCGGUGCGGUUAUGGUAGAUGCUCAUAAUCUGCCUGCGCGCAUUGUCGCAAACAUCUUCAUCUGGGGGAUUCUCGCAUACGGUGUUUUCUUCCUCGUCGCAUUCAAAGACUAUACCAUGGGCUUUGAACUGUCUAUCCUUGCAGCUGCAAUCGGCGUAACCCAAUUCCUAACCAAGGUCAUCGCGUUCCAAUGGAUUUUCGCAUUCAUCAUCAUGGGCAUUUUGUUCGUGCUGUCACUUGCUGUCGGGGUCCCGGGACUCCUAGGUCGUGAUCCUUUUGCCCGCGGGGAGAUUGUCAGUGAGGAUCGAGAGAGGGCUCCGUUGUUAGCUAAUGAGUAGGUGGUUUUUUCGGGGGGGAGAUAGGGGUGAUAUGAUGGAGGGUGAUGGUGGAGGGAGCUGGUGAAAGAGAUGGGGAAGAGAGGUAAGAGAGGUAAGAGAGGGGGAUUGGGUUAAGAAGAUCUUUUUAACGGUUUUCGUAAUGUGCAACAGAAUGGUUUCUGUUCAAGUUUGGGCUCGGUUCACAAAUUAGCACACAAGGGGAUGCAACUGCAAAGAUACCCUACAUAGCCUUUUACAAAUGGGAUGGGUUUUCCUUUCAUUGGACCUGUUAUUGUGGGUUAGGAAAUAUCUUUCGAAUGAGGAUGUUUCGAUGCUUGCUAGCUUUAUAAUUUCGGCGUUGGUUGUUUUCCUGUUACUAUCCACUCCACCAUCAUAUUGCCUUUCAGCUUCCCGCGCUGUUCAAGUAAUGCGUUUAGAACAGGAAGAGUAUGUCUUAGACAUAUUCUUGAUGCCUUCGCGCUCACAACAUUGGGUGCCAUUUCCCUG